AGGCACCAAGUUAACCCUCCUUAGAAGAUCGAAAGGAGCUACUCGAUUUCUGGGCACUCCUUUAAUUUUUGGCCUUUCUCCAACCAAUUUAUCAUUCUUUUUUGUAUGGGUUGCAGGGCUUCCAACACACAAAGGGAGCUCAAGACGUCUCCCUAUAGCCAAAAACACCACCUCUCGAGCUUCGACUACUUCACCCUUCUCCUCUCUCUCUUUCUUUCCAUCAACUUUGCCCCCUCGUUCUCUCUUUUUCCAUUUUUCACAACUUUCUCUCUGCGAAACGUUUCCCUUCGCAAGCAUGUCUGGCUUAUAUAAUCACAGUGAUAGCUUCUUCCCUGCAAAAGCCCUCUCUCCACAGAUAAGAAGCAGUCCUGAUGUAGAUAGCCAGUACUUGGCGGAGUUGUUGGCGGAGCAUCAAAAGCUUGGGCCUUUUAUGGAGGUUCUGCCUGUUUGUAACCGUUUGUUGAAUCAGGAAGUUAUGCGAGUCUCAGGAAUGGUUCCCAAAGGAUUUGGGCAGUUUGAUAGGCUGCAACAUGGAAGCCCCAGACCAAUGACUUCACCAAAACUUACCUCAAACAUCAUAGACACUGGCUUGAUUUCUUGGAGUGGGUUGCAGCAAGAGCAGAGAUGGGGUUUUCCCCAAGGAAUGUCAAUGGAUUGGCAGGGAGCACCUCCUUCCCCUAGUUCAUAUUUUGUUAAGAAGAUCUUACGUUUAGAUGUUCCAGUGGAUAGCUAUCCCAAUUUCAAUUUUGUCGGACGCCUUCUCGGGCCCAGAGGCAAUUCUCUGAAACGUGUUGAAGUAUCAACAGGCUGUCGUGUUUAUAUUAGAGGAAAAGGUUCAAUAAAAGAUCCUGAAAAGGAAGAAAAACUUAGGGGCCGACCAGGUUAUGAACAUUUAAGUGAACCGCUACAUAUCCUUGUUGAGGCUGAGUUGCCUGCUAAUAUUAUUGAUGCGAGGUUGAGACAUGCACAAGAAAUUCUUGAAGAGCUACUAAAGCCUGUGGAUGAAUCACAGGAUUUCUAUAAGAGGCAGCAGCUUCGAGAGCUCGCCAUGCUGAAUUCAGGAUUAAGAGAAGAUAGUCCUCUUCCCAGUGGCAGUUUAUCUCCAUUCAAUACCAGCGGAAUGAAAAGGCCAAAAACUGGACGUUAGUGAGUCAUUUUAGCUUCGCAAAUUGCAAUUCUCUAAUUGCUUAUAAGCUGAUCUCAUCCUGGCUUAAGAUAACUUCUAUUAUUGGCUAAUCCUUAAAUGAAAGAAAUGCAUCAGUGAAAUUAGCUAUGGUUAGUUUGCUCAGGUAGCGUGAAGGCAUAGCAGGCUGUGUUGUAACUAUGUUUGCCAUUACUUGCGUUUUUGAAUGAUGUGAGGCUGUGAUUUUAUUGUAAACUGAGGACAUUAUUUAAUUCGUUUUUGAUUAUUGACCCUUAUUGAGAAUGUGCUAAGAGUGUUUUACUAUUUUCUGAAACUUCUUUACUAGGAAAUGCUACAAUAUAGUAAUAAAAGUGCUAGUUAAUAAUCACUUGUUUACUUUGCCAAGAUUGGUAAAAUAUUACUGAAGGUUAUUUGUAAUAGAUUUGGGUUUUGUC